ACAAAUCCACAGUUUCUUGUUGAAAAAAUCAUACGCCAACGAAUCUACGACAGUAAAUAUUGGAAGGAAAGCUGUUUCGCACUUAGCGGUCAGUUCACGCUAUAUGCACGAGCACUAGGCGCUAUGUAUCUUCGACUUACAUUCACGUCUGUGGAGAUCUACAAAUAUCUCGAGCCGUUGUUCAACGAUUAUCGAAAGCUUCGAUAUAUGAACAAGCUAGGAAGAUUCGAGUUGGUAUACAUGGAUGAAUUCAUUGAUAAUCUUCUGCGGGAGGAACGAUAUUGCGAUAUACAGCUUCCCCGAUUACAGAAAAGACAAGCAUUAGAAGAAGCUGGUGAGCUAGAGCCGUAUAGAAUGCAUCAGACAGUGAAGAUGAAAGGAGACAGGAAAGAUAAGAAAAAAGAAAAACCGCGUUUGAUAUCGAGACGACGAAGUCGCAGUAGGGAUCGCUCACGAGAACGUGAGAGACCUAGAGAGAAGUUGAAGGAACGUGAGCGCGAUGACAAGAAGAGGGAGCGGUCCAGAGAGAGGGACAGAGAUCGUGAUAGAGACAGGGAUCGCCAUGAAAGGGAUCGUCAUGACAAGGAUCGAGAUCGCCGAAGGGACAGGUCACGCGAACGUGAUCGUGAACGUGACAGAGACCGGGACAGAAAGGAACGUGAACGUCCACGUCGCGAUGAACGAGAUCGCGACGACCGAGAUCAUCAUAGAAGCAAGAAAAGCGGUAGAGAUGAUGGUGAUCGAGAAAUCGCUGAGGCAAACGCCCUUAGAGCGAAACUCGGGCUGAAUCCGCUUGAACGAUGA